GUGGACUGUCAAGUUGGAGACUGGGGUGAUUGGUCUGAAUGUGAUAAUCCAUGUGGAUACGGCAGUAAAAAACGUAUACGAAAGGUCAAAGUUCAUCCUGAAAAUGGCGGAAAACAUUGUCCAGUUUUAAAACAGCGUCAAGUCUGUGCUGGGGACGGAAAAUCUGAUAUCUGUUUACAACAGUCGGUCGAAAAUCAGUUUGAGGAAUUACAAGGUAAGUCAUUUUUUUCUGCAUUUUACAUAAAUUAG